AACGCUUUUUCACGUUGCUUCUGUAUCAUCUCUGAUUAGUCACUAAUAUUCUGUACAGAACGGUUAUAAUGGCAGAAGACGAUCUAAUCCCAGUUCGUAACUGGAUGCGUGAACAUUACACGAAAUUGAUAAGAACUAAUAAAGCAACAUGCAAUUAUUGUAAUGUUGAAAUCAAGAUAUGUGUUACACAUUUAGUUGUUUUCCAUAGGCACUUGGUAAACGUACAUCCAGAAAAAUUAACAGAAGAAGAGAAAAAAGAAGUUAAAUUUUCAUGGAUUUGGGAUCAUUUUAUUGCAAAAAUAGAUAAAGAGGCAAUAUGCAAACAUUGCCAAAUAAUAAUUAAAUACGAAGAUACAACUAGAUUAAAACAGCAUUUAAAAAAACAUCACAACAUAUUGGGUCCGAAUUCAUAUAUCAUAAUACAUGACGAAAGCACUUCAUAUAGCGAUGCAAACAAGGAUAUAACUUUAAGAAAUGCAAAUCAAGAAGAUUUACCUAACUCAUCAAACCUAGCUAACAAUUUGAAUGAAUGUACAAAAGAAGCAAAAGCACUUAAUGAGGAAGCAGAAGAUAAUGUAAUUCCAGUUCGUCACUGGAUACGUAGACAUUACACAAAAUUAACAACAUCUUUAUUACAAUGCAAUCUUUGUAAUAAAACAUUGAUAAUGUGUAUUUAUUGCUUAGAUCUUUUACAUAGACAUUUGGUAGUGGCACAUCCAGACAAAUUAACAGCAAAAAAUAAGAACGAUGUUAAAUUUUGUUGGAUUUGGGAUCAUUUUACCGAAAAAUGUUGUAAAGAGGCAAUAUGCAAACAUUGCAAAGCAACAAUUAUCUAUGGACAUACAAUUCAUUUAAAAGAGCAUUUAAUAAUACAUCAUAAAAUAUCAGGUCCAAAUUCUGAUUGCGUAAUAAUUAGUGACAGCUCUUCAGAUCGUGACAUAGAUGCAAACGAUAAGAUAUAAUUCUAAGAAAGUAAAACAUCAAAAAGCUUCAUCUAACUCAACAAAUUUAAAUAAGGAUUUGCACAAAUGUAUGGAAAAAACAGGAGCAUUUAACGAGGAAACAGCAGACAAUUUGAUCUCAAUUAGUUACUGGAUACGUGAACAUUGCACACAAUCAACAAAAA